GCGUCCAAUCCGGAACGUAGAGAUCACGCAGUUGCUCCCACUCGGACUAGUUUACCAUUCAUUCGCAGCAAUGGCAGCCCUUACGGCACUCAAUGGACGCCUUCUUCAGUCACUCCCCCUAUCAUUUGGAUCGCUUCGGUUUGCCAGUUCUUCCUUUAAGUUUGCGGAUCUUACCAUAGAGAGGAACCCCGUACCCAAGCCAAAGCCAGACCCCUCCACGCUGGUGUUUGGCAAGCAGUUUUCAGACCACAUGCUGACCAUCAAUUGGUCGGCAGAUGGAGGAUGGGAAAAGCCUGCGAUCAAGCCCUUCCAGAAUCUGUCCCUUCACCCUGCAUCUUCAGCCCUGCAUUACUCUAUAGAGCUCUUCGAGGGCAUGAAGGCAUUUAGAGGAGUAGAUAACCACAUCCGACUCUUCAGGCCCAUGUUGAAUAUGGAGCGCAUGUACCGCAGUGCUGUAAGAUGCUGCCUGCCCACAUUUGAUAAAGUCGAACUGCAGGAGUGUAUUAAGAAGCUGGUCGAGAUCGAUCAAGAAUGGGUACCGUAUUCCACAGACGCCAGUCUUUACAUUAGACCAACAUUCAUAGGAAUCGAGCCUUCUUUAGGUGUGGCACGAGCAGGUCAUGCUUUGCUCUUUGUCAUUAUCGGGCCUGUUGGACCUUAUUUUGCGACUGGAGGGUUUAGUCCUGUGUCUCUGCUGGCAGAUCCACGUUAUGUUCGGGCCUGUAGAGGAGGUGUUGGGGAAUACAAAAUGGGAGGUAACUAUGGGCCGACAAUUGCUGUUCAGAGCGAGGCAGCAAAGAAGGGCUGUCAGCAGGUCCUCUGGCUUUAUGGAGACAAUGAGGAGAUCACUGAGGUCGGAACUAUGAAUCUCUUCAUCUAUUGGACCACAGAGAAAGGAGAGAAGGAGCUGGUCACCCCCCCACUAGAUGGCAUCAUUCUUCCAGGAGUCACCCGGCAAUCUCUGCUGGAUCUUGCAAGAGAAUGGGGGGACUUCAAAGUGACCGAGCGCAAAAUAGUAAUGAAGGAGCUGAUAAAUGCUUUAAAUGACGGACGGGUUCUCGAAGUGUUCGGCUCUGGAACCGCAUGUGUGGUUUGUCCAGUUGGCAGCCUGCUCUACAGGGAUAAGACCUACCAAAUUCCUACAAUGCAGAAUGGCCCAGAUCUUGCUAAAAGGUUCCAUAAAGAACUCACCGAUUUGCAGUAUGGACGCAAGCAAAGGGACUGGGCACCACUGGUUGUCUGAUUGGUUUGAUUUGUUGAUAUCUUGGCCUGAAAAAUGGUCAGAUCUCGUAUUUAAAACCUCAUCUCAUGUAUUAAUGUGUGGACUUGAAAUAGGGAUGUUAUUGUACAGUAGCAACCUCUCUAAGUGAGUAAUCAUGUAUUAAACAUAUGCAGUCUUUUAAAACAACCUAACAUAUUACUUGCUUAGAGAUCUGUAUGGCACAAUUUAGCAGUUUUGUCCUGUUUAGCACAAGCAUUAUAAGCAAUGUAUAAGUAACUUGGAAGAAAGGCACAAUACGUAAAUGUAUUUUUUCUUGCAGUAGCCUACUUACUUGUCCAGUUUAUACAUUUUUCAUACAUCCAUACCAAAUUUCAAAGGUUUUUUGUUGUCUCCGAAGUGACUGAAAAGUUGUUCAAUAUUUUUCCAUAAACGCUUAACUGUAAUAACAUUAUAACUUUUAUAUAGAGGGAAUGGUGCUAAGAUAUUAUAGGCAGUUGAAAAGUAGCACAAUUCUGCACAUAGUCAUUUUAAUGUGAAUAUAUGUUUGCACAACUGCUUGUUUAGCGAGGACCUUUAAGAAAGAAAAAAGUGAAGCUGCUUUUUAAAAAAUGCCACAGUGGCAGUGAGAUUGACCUAAAUUUCCUAAGUCAAAAACAGUAAAGUGUAAAUGAUUGUGUAUGUCCAAAAAAAUCAUGUGCUACUACAAGGACAAUAUAUAUUUUUACCUUGGAGCUUGAACUGAUCUAAUACACGCACUGAAUGGCUAAAGAUGCACAAAGGUCCUGAUAGCAUCUCUACAGAUCUUUAGAAAGAGUCCUGGGGCCUCAUUUAUCAACAUUGCGUAGAAAAUGUUCUAUAUUUGUACCUACGAAUGAAAUUUAGAAUGUGCCUAAGUACAAAAAAAUCGGGAUUUAUCAAACGUGCGCACGGGGUUCGUACGCACAUCAGUAAGUAACCCUUGAUGAUAAAUCCCACUUGUUCUUAAGCACCAUGCUCGUGCACGUUCAUGGUCAUCUGCAUUCCGAAACGCCUCCAAUGAACCAUAUAUGGUAACAACACCUCCCGUUAUAAGUCACGUGGUUGUGCUUUUUCCCUCAUCGCAAUAAUGACAAAGAGAGCGAAAAAGAGGAACUUUACAGACACAGAAAUUGAGUUACUGGUGGAUGAGGUUAAUAACACAUCUGUUUGGUUCACUUAGUACGGGAGGAAUGACUAACAAAAGAAAACAAAUCUGCAUGGGAACAUGUUACCAGUGAGUUUAAUUCCGUUGGGUAUGAGAACACUUCUAGAAAUAAAAAAGUGGUUUGACAUUAAAUUAUCAGCCAAAAAAAAAAAAAAAAAAAAACGCGUCACAGCACACCGACGUGAAAUCAGUGCAACUGUAGGAGGACAGACAACGACAGACUUGGACAGCCGCAUAACCAGCAUCAUCGGCGCGAUCUUUGAAAACGCGCUCCCAGCGGAAUGGAUUAUUUGCCAAGUCUUUCAAUAAUGCAAGAUAAGCCACUGUGUCAAGCAUUUGACGGAGCUUUCUAACAUAGGGAUAGACACUAAUUUCAUUAAUUAACUUCAACACUGAUUUGCAGUUACUUUAUUAACAGUAAUCAUUUUUAACACAUGGGGGUGGAUAAUAAAUAGACAAAGUUUUCUUUUAACGUUGGGGAUGGACGGUCCUGUGUAGUAUCGCUAUUCUACCACUAGAUGCUCUGCGUACGCAUACUCCGAGGUGUGCGUAUAUUUACACACAUUUCUAAGUAUAAGUGCAAUUUGAUAAAUUCCACACUUUGCGUAAAACUGUUCCUACGCACACUUUACGCACACUUCUGUGCGUACGAACGCUUGAUAAAUGAGGCCCCUGGUGUAAGGAUUAUAAGUGCACUAUAGGCUGGUGAUCGAUAUGAUAUUUGGAACAAUGAUGUGAUCUGUAUGUGUUUGAGAAUGUAUCGGUUUUAACUUAUUUCUGCAGUUAUUUUAGUAGUUAUACGGUUAGAAUUCCUGUUUUUUACUGUUUGAUCUGUUACCUUUUUGGUUCAUUUUAGACCUGUAUUUUAAACCAAUGUGUACACUCCACAUCUUCUGUAAGUGCCUGAUGGAGGUGGCUGUUACUUUCUUGUUGACCUUGGUAUCAUUUGCAUUUGUCAAUUAUUUUACUGUGGGUUCUGCUGCUGCUGUGUUCACAAUUGAUUUAUUUUGGUAUUUGGGGUAGAUUUUCUUCGAUCACGGUUUUUACAAAUAAAUUUGAUUUGCGUCCA